CUCCUUUCUCACUCCCUCCAAACUCUCUCUCUCUCUAGAAGUCUUCGCUUUCUCUCUCUAUAUCGUCACCCUCUACGAGCUGCUGGAGAACUAGCAGGGAGAGCGAGAGAGAAAGAGAGAGGAGAAAAGAGAAGAUGUUGCUGGGGAAAAGGCCACGUCCCCCGAUGAAGAGGACCACCAGCAUGACGGAGUUCACCUUGGAUCUAAGCAUCGGCGAGCCCUCUGAUCCUCUGAAAGGCCUCGCCGGAGCGGGCGGUAGCUCCGGCGCCAGGUCGGACCACUCCUUCUUGGCCACCUCCACCGCCUCACAGAACCACCGCCGGAAUUCAACCGAUUUCAUCGACACCGCUCAUUUCCUGAGGGCUUGCUCCCUCUGCAAGCGCCGCCUGAUCUCCGGCCGCGAUAUCUACAUGUAUAGAGGUGAUAGCGCGUUUUGCAGCCUAGAGUGCAGACAGCAGCAGAUGGCGCAAGACGAGCGGAAAGAGAGGAGCUUCUUGGCGUCGAAGAUGAAGGAAGCUCUGCCGGCCGGCGCCGCCGCCAGAUCAGACGUCGUCUCCGCCAAAGGCGGGGCCGCCGCCGCUGUGUGAAUUCAUUUGUACCGCCACUUGUAUACAUGCAUAUAUAUAGAUGUGUGUGCACGUACGUGGAGCUUGGUGCAGUACUUGGUGAUGGAUCGAUCGAUCUAUCUGUGUUAAUCUGCAAGUUUUGGAACUGUUAUCUCAUGCAGAUCCGUCCUGUAUUGUAUACAGGCUUGAAUCUGCGUCUUCUUCCUCAAAUUUUAGAGCUUGCUCUCGUCGGCAUGCAUCAAUGGAAGAAAUUGCAGUUUUAGCUUU